CGUCUUCCGGAGAUCCACGCGGCCCUCCGGUCUCUGCGCUCCUGCCCGUCUAGUUCUAGAACUAGAAGAAAAGAGGCGAGGAAGGGGGAUCCGCUCACCGCCCAAAGCCCUAACCCCCUCGAUCUCUUCCUCCUCUUUCAUGGCCUCUAGAAUUCUCGCCUCCAGCCUCCGAUCCCGCAUCUCCCCCUUCCUCCGCGCCGCUGCCCUCCACCCCCACCCGUCCCCGCUGCCGCUGCCACCGCCGCCGCCGCCGCCGCGGCUCGACGCCCUUCUCCGCCACCUCUCCACCGCCGCCGCCAGACGCCACCCCUCCCGGCCGCGCGUCGACGUCGGCGCCCGCGCCCGGCAGCUCCAGAACCGGCGCCUCUGGACCUACGCCCUCACCUUCAGCUGCGUCGCCGGCUUCGUCGUCAUCGUCCUCAGCAACUUCCAGGACCAGCUUGUCUUCUACGUCACCCCCACCGACGCCCUCACAAAGUUCGCCGCCAACCCCUCCAAGAACCGCUUCCGCCUCGGCGGCCUCGUCCUCGAGGGUAGCGUUGGCCACCCCUCCGCCACGUCCCCGGAGAUGGAGUUCGUCGUAACCGACCUCAUCACCGACAUCCUCGUACGCUACGAGGGCUCCCUCCCCGACCUCUUCCGCGAGGGCCACUCUGUCGUCGUCGAGGGCUUCAUAAAGCCCAUCGCGGACGCCCAUCCGCUGGCGACAAACGGGCCGAAGGUGUCGGAGAAGGCGAGGAGUGGGGAGUUCUUCUUCAAGGCAACCGAGGUGCUGGCGAAGCACGACGAGAAGUACAUGCCUAAGGAGGUGGCCGUGGCGCUCGAGCGGAAUAAGAAAAAGAUUGAAGCUGAGGCGGAAGCUGCUGCAAUUGAUAAGAGGAGCUGAGAAGAAACGAUUCUGGUCCAGGUUAACUUCAAAGUUUUGAUUUUUCAUUCGAUUUUGUUACGUUUAGAGAGUAAAAGAUUUAGUUUUUAUACAGAUUGAUUGAUGUUCACCAGCUCCAUGUUGUUGUAGCUUGGUGUUAUUGCCAUUUUUGACCAUAGAAAUAGCUGAGAAUAAUAAGGAAGAGAAACGGGAUGAUAUUAUGUGCUCGGUAUUGACAUUAUGAUUGUAAUGGAUUCUCUUGGUUUUGGGUUUCUCUAAAUUUCAGUUAACAAUAUACAUGAUGCUCAGUUGGCACUAUAAUGGUGAUAUGUUAUUGGUGUAACCUGAAUGCCAAAGGCCAUGUGUUUCAAUAUUGCUCGAUUAGCUAAGGGAAUAUAUUAUAAUGUGAGAAUUUAGUCAUU